GACACCUUCAGCACAUAUAUAUAUAAAUCUUUUGUUGCACUUUUAUGAAAUAUAGGCAUAAAGGAACAUGUUGAACAGAAAAUUUCAGAAUUUUUUUUCUUUUUCUAAAACUUUGAAAUGUUAAAACCCCAGUUAUGUCUCCCUUUUAGCACCCAAAGGUGCAUCUAUUGUGUAUAGAAAAACUUCCAAAACUUACAGCUUCAAAUUUUAGAAAUUUGCACUGAGACAUACUGUCUUCAUUCUGAUUCUGGUCAAAGCUGUCAUUUAGAUAUACGUUGAGCAUUAUCAAAUUUAUUUUUAUUAAGAGUUGAUAUUUAUAACCUUCACAUUUUUUGGAUAAUACUUAAAUAUGGAUGGAUAAUAAUAAUUUCUCGAAAUUUAACUAAAUGAAUUCCAGAGGCCCAUCACUUACACCAGAAAGUCAUAUUAAAUUGUUUGGAUUGCAUUUUUCAGAAGUCGCUGAUUGAAAGCCUAAUGCAGAGUCAUUUGUUGUGUCUUUAUGUUUUACAUGAUGCAAUUUAGCCUAUGUUUAAAUAAAAUUAUAUAUCAUUAUAAGAAACACGAAGAAUAAAAACUACAAUGAGAAAACAGAAUAAACAGGAAGUAUAUUUGGAGUAUGAAAUUCAAAUCUUAAAGCAGGCAAAAAUAUAAUUGAAGUAUUUCAUAACAUUAUUGUUUUUUGUUUUUAAUAAAAAAUAAAGUUCUAGUUUGUUACGACUCGGAAAAAUUCUCUAAAUACUGUUGAUGGCGCUGCUCUUCAGUAAAACCUAAUCUCAUGUGACGUCAUAAUUCUCACGAUACUUCAUUGUAGGCGUUGUAUAUGGCAUAUUUACACCAGGCUCGGAAGACAGCGGCAUAAAGAUAUUUUCUCCAGAAAUUACCGUAUUGCCUUUCGUCAGAGAUUUGAGGAUUGCUUCACCUUGUCUGAACAUAGAAGAAAUUAAAAGAUUUUAAAUACGCAUUCUUUUCCUCAAUGGCUCACCGUAAUCUCAAGUGUUCCCGAAGAUGGUAUGUCUCAGUAUUUCUUUUUCUUUUUCCCAUCAUGAAUCCGGUAUCGACAGUCACCCAUUAUUCGGUUCCCGAAGAAAUGGACGAAGGUUCUCUUGUUGCGAAUUUAGCAACAGAUUUGGGAUUAGAUACAAGAAGUCUGAGUAAUAGAAAAAUCCGCGUUGACGUUGUAGGCAAUAAAAAAUAUCUUGACAUCAAAAAAGACACAGGAGAGCUCUUUAUUCUGGAAAGGAUAGACAGAGAGUUUUUAUGUCCUCUAAAGACCACCACGUCUUGCUUUCUUAAAUUAGACGCUUCCGUUGAGAACCCAGUGCGAAUGUUUAACAUUGAAGUGGAAAUCGUGGACAUUAAUGACAACGCUCCACAUUUUCGGAGGGGGACGAUGCAUUUGGACAUUUCUGAAUCAAGUCCAGUGGGGGAGAGAUUCUCACUGAACAAUGCUGCAGACCCAGAUGUUGGAACAAAUUCUGUGAAAAAUUACCAUCUGAGCUCAAGUGAACAUUUCUCAGUUGAAAUUCAGACCGGGAGAGACGGGACAAAGUUUGCAGACUUGAUUUUAAAAAAACCUUUAGACAGGGAGAAGCAGGCUGUUCAUAAUCUAAUACUUACUGCUGUGGACGGUGGAGUUCCAGCCCGCACAGGUACAGCCAGCAUCAUUGUUCGCGUGCUUGAUGUCAACGACAACGCCCCUUCUUUUGAAAAAGCAAAAUAUGUCGUAGAUGUGAUGGAAAACUCUCCAAUUGGCAGUCUAGUAAUUAAACUGAAUGCCACUGAUUUAGAUGAAGGAUCCAAUUCUGAGAUUGUUUAUUCAUACAGUUUGUAUACAUCAGAAAGGACCCAAAAGAUGUUUAACCUCAAUCCAGAAAAUGGUGAGAUCAGAGUCAAAGAGAUGAUAAAUUAUGAAGAUUUAAAACUUUAUGAAAUGGAAAUUAUAGCCAGUGAUAAGGGCCCUAACUCAGUAUCUGGACAGUGUAAACUUACAAUACAGGUGACAGAUAUGAAUGAUAAUCACCCAGAAAUAUCAAUUAAAUCAUUUCAAAGCCCAAUAAAAGAAGACACACCCACAGACACAGUGAUAGCUGUAGUUAGUGUCAGUGAUAAAGAUUCAGGUGAUAAUGGAAUAGUUGAUCUUCAUAUUCCAGAUAAUAUGCCUUUCAAACUGAGGGAGUCCUCUGAUAACUAUUAUGAAUUAGUAGUGUCGGAGCCAUUAGACCGUGAGAAGGUGCCAGAAUAUGACAUCACUUUCACUGUGACAGACAGAGGCUCUCCUCCUUUAUCUGACAAUGAAACUAUGACUUUAGAGUUGCUGGAUGUUAAUGACAAUGUCCCACAGUUCCCGCAGUCAUUUUAUACUAUACGUGUCAUGGAGAAUAAUGCACCUGGGGCCUUGCUCAGCUCACUCACUGCCUUUGACCCCGACCUCCAUGAAAACCAGUAUCUAGUUUAUUUCAUAAUAGAGAAGGAGAUAGCUAACACCUCCAUGUCCAUGCUGUUCUCCAUCAAUCCAGAGAACGGUAAUCUUUACGCACUCAAAACCUUUGAUUAUGAGAUUGAGAAGGAGUUUCUGUUCCACAUCGAGGCCAGAGACUCUGGCUCUCCUCCUCUCAGCAGUAACGUGACCGUCCACAUCAUUAUUGUGGACCAGAACGACAAUGCUCCGGUUAUUGUGUCACCUUGGCGUGCACACGGCUCUGUGGUAGAGGAAAAGAUCCCCAGAUCCACUGAUAAAGGAUCCCUGAUUGCCAAGGUGAUAGCGUUAGAUACAGACUCUGUGCACAACUCUCGGAUCACCUACCAGUUUCUACAGGUGACUGACGCCACCUUGUUCAGUCUGGACCAAUACAAUGGAGAGAUCCGGACUAUGAGGAUGUUCAGUUACAGAGAUCCACGUCACCAGAGACUUGUUGUUGUUGCCAAGGACAAUGGAGAGCCUGCUCUCUCUGCUACAGUCACCAUCAAGCUGACCACAAUGGAGACUGCUGUUAAAGCCUACUCUGACAUGACUGAGGAGCCUCUGGAAUAUGACAUCUUCUCAGACAUCAACCUGUAUUUGGUCAUCGGUCUGGGCUCAGUGUCAUUUCUGCUGCUCAUCACCAUAUUGGUCACCAUCGUGAUCAAGUGUCAGAAACCCAAGCCCAGCAAAGCAGCUCCUCCCUCCAGGAACAGUGUGAUCAGUGAGAGGAACUCCACCAUCGCAGACUCCACUCUGGUCUCCAAUGAUGCCUACUGGUACAGUCUGUUUCUAGCAGAGACCAGGAAAGGAAAGCUGGUGGUUAGACAGCCUCUGCCAAAAGGCUCCAGAUACAUUGUGUCCAGCAUACCGAGAGGGACAGGGCUGACAGACACUAGUGACUCAGCAGCUUCUACUCUGCAGGUAUGGGAAACGUUUACAUUCAGCAUUUAUUUAUACUGAUGUACUUUGUCAAUGUCCACCCCUCCGCUUACAAGUGAUCAGUGUUGGCCUGAAUCAUUAAUUCAGCUUUGGAAUUUGAAUCCAUCCCAGUCCAGUCAGUUUACUUAAA